CACAGGUCGGGAGCGAGCCGGGAGUGCCGGCGGUGCGAGCCCACGUGCAGCGUUUCCACCCCCAACACUCCCAGGCCGUGGUGGCUGGAAGUGCAAAUAGCUUGUCCUCCGGGACGUCACAGCACAUGACGCAUGCGCUUGCUCCGCGCAUGCUGAGGUGUGUUUUUUCCGUCUCAGGUAAGGCGGAAGCGGCGGCCAAGUAGAACCUUCAGUUGGAAGGUGGCAGCUUGUGUGUGGAUAGCGACCAGUGUGAGCGGCCUUACCCUAGCCGGCAGGAGCGAUGGUGCUCCAUUUGGUGCCCAGAUGUUCUGCAAGGCUCUUCUGGGCGUCUCCAGGAUGGAGGAGGACGUACACUCAGGGAGCCUCAGUGGGGCUGAAGUGGCUGGGUUGCCCUCGGGAUACAUACAGACCCUUGGCUUGCAGAGGGUACUCCUCGGUCCCUGGCAGCCCUGAGGUGAUGCUAACCCCUGAGCGAUACCCUGUGCAACGGCUGCCAUUUUCUACUGUGUCUGAGGAGGACCUGGCUGCCUUUGAACGCAUCAUACCCGGCAGAGUUAUCACAGAUCCAGAGCAACUGGAAGCAUGCAAUGUGGACUGGCUGCGGGCCCUCCGGGGCUGUAGUAAAGUGUUGCUGAGGCCCCAGACCUCCGAGGAAGUGUCCCGGAUCCUCAGGCACUGCCAUAAGAGGAACUUGGCUGUGAACCCACAGGGGGGGAACACUGGCAUGGUGGGGGGCAGUGUCCCCGUCUUCGAUGAAGUCAUCCUGUCCACUGCCCUCAUGAAUCAGGUCAUCAGCUUUCAUGAUGUAUCUGGAAUUCUGGUCUGCCAGGCAGGCUGUGUGCUGGAGGAGCUGAGUCACUAUGUGCAGGAGCGAGACUUCAUCAUGCCACUGGACUUGGGAGCGAAGGGCAGCUGCCACAUUGGGGGCAACGUGGCAACCAAUGCUGGGGGUCUGCGCUUUCUGCGAUAUGGCUCGCUUCGAGGGACUGUCCUGGGCCUGGAAGUGGUGCUUGCUGAUGGGACCAUCCUGAACUGCCUGACCUCCCUGAGGAAGGACAACACGGGCUAUGACCUGAAGCAGCUGUUCAUUGGGUCAGAGGGCACCUUGGGAAUCAUCACUGCUGUGUCCAUCUUGUGCCCACCCAGGCCUAAGGCUGUGAAUGUGGCUUUCCUCGGUUGCCCUGGGUUUGCUGAGGUUCUGCAGACGUUCAGCGCCUGCAAGGGGAUGCUGGGUGAGAUCCUGUCUGCAUUUGAGUUCAUGGAUUCUGAAUGCAUGCAGUUGGUUGGACAGCACCUCCACCUGACCAACCCAGUACAAGAGAGUCCAUUCUAUGUCCUUGUUGAGACGUCGGGCUCUAGUGCAGGACAUGAUGCUGAGAAGCUGACCAACGUCCUGGAGAAGGUGCUGAACUCUGGCCUGGUGAGCGACGGCACUAUGGCCACCGACCAGAGGAAAGUCCAGAUGCUGUGGGCUCUUCGGGAGAGGAUCACAGAGGCACUCAGUCAUGACGGCUACGUGUUCAAGUAUGACAUAUCCCUCCCCGUGGAGCGGCUCUAUGACCUCGUGAUCGACCUCCGCACCCGCCUCGGCACUCGUGCCAAGCAUGUGGUGGGAUACGGGCACUUGGGGGAUGGCAACCUUCACCUGAACGUGACGGCAGAGGCCUUCAGCCAGGAGCUGCUUGCCGCCCUGGAGCCCUAUGUGUACGCCUGGACCGCGGAGCAGCGGGGCAGUGUCAGUGCCGAGCACGGCCUAGGCUUCAAGAAGAAGAACGUACUCGGCUACAGCAAGCCACCUGUGGCUGUGAAGCUUAUGCAGCAGCUCAAGGCCCUGCUGGACCCCAAAGGCAUCCUGAACCCCUAUAAGACUCUGCCUGCUCAGGCCUAACUGGAGCUCUUCAACUUGUUGCUACAAGACCAUGGGACCUUGGGCAUGCAGGGUUGG